CAAUGAAAAAAAACUUCGAGUCUUCAGUCCCGUUGUACUUUUUCAUGAACCAAUAUGCCGCCAAAAUACUUUUGAACCUGAUUACGUUUCUCAUAUAUGCCCAGCGGACGAAGAAUAUAAUGAAAUGAUAAAAAACACUAAAAAACGUGUGGAUGACAUGUUAAACACCAAUAGUCAAUAUUGGAGAAUCGUAAUCGAAGAUUGCCGAGCAUAUGAAAAGACAAAGAUUUGUGACUCGAUUGAUAAAACACAAUCACUACCAACAACAUCAAUGCUAUCUAAUUCAAUUUACAGUCACCAUCAUCUUAUUUCUCAAGAACAUCAAACUGUAGAUGGGGCCCUCAUAAAACCUCCAAAAAGACGGCGUGGAAACUUACCUAAAACCACAACAGCCCUGCUAAAAACCUGGCUGGCCCAACACAAAAAGCAUCC